UGCGCUGGUGCUGUUAAGGAUAACAAUCAAAUUUACCACGAAUUUGUACCCCAGCCACAAGACUUAACCAAUAUUGAAGGUGCCUGUUUGGCCAAACCAACUGCUUUCGACUACACAGACCCUGAAGUUAUUGGGGAGGAUAUUUUCAAAGAUCUUCUCCCUCUUAAAACACUUAAAGCCAGUUCUGUUUACAGUGAAAAGAAAGCUGACUUUCUUCGAAAAGUCCUUGCUGAUGUUGAGGAAAAGGACACAAACCUAAGUUCGUUUCUCUCAAGUCUCAAUCUCGAUCCUAAUGAGCUUCUCAAACCUGAUUCGGGACUUCCUCAGGCUCUUCUGGAUCAAUGCGCAAAAUUCAACGCCAUGGAGCGCUCACCUGAAUCACAGCUCACUGCUCAGAUGUCAGCCCUCGUCGAUAUAAGUGUUGAGGUUGAAUCAGAUCUUGAAGAGCUUUCUAAUGCAAUCCAAAAAACACAAGAGCGUCUCAAUGCCGCUUUGGCAAGUUUUAAUUAUUUUCGCUACAAAUUACUUUACUUUCAGUCAAAAGCACCAGAGUCUGAGAUCAACCAGAUUAAAUUGCAAUUAAACAAAGUUAUCGACCGACAUGGCAAAUUCACUGCUGCUGAGGCUCAAGCGAAGGAAUCCAACACACGACUUCAUGAGGCUCUCACAGAACACCUGAAAAUUCUUCAUAUUCUUACUCGCACACCGGAGGAGAUAGAAGCCACUCUUCCAAAUGCAAAUGACCUUAUUUCUGACUCAGAACUCUUGGAAGGACUUGAUGAAGCCGCUAGAAUUCUAUCCAAGGUUGAGGAGAUGCGAGCUCAACGAACUCGGAUGUUAGAAAAAUUGCGAGCGGAUCUACAAGCCGAUGAUGUUACACAAGAACUUCUAGCUACUAAUACCAAAGAGGAGCGUAAUGCUCUCUUUCAGCGCCACUUGGAUGUUCACCAAAAGGCUGUCGAUUUGUUGAAUCUCAAUUUAACAGCUCAAGAGAAUAUCUCCAAGGCUCUUAUUGAUGCUCACGCUACAGUGGGCGUGAAGAAACAUGAUAUUCUCAAGCGUAGACAACAACGUUUGGAAGAAAUCGAUGAUUUAGUUCGUUCCGGUGAAGCCUACGAUGAUUUGAUUCUCAAGUGUAAUGAAGGACAGGCUUUCUAUCAAGAUAUCAGCGAGCGUCUUGUAGCAUUGCACGUCGACUUGGAUGAGAUCAACAGCUCCAUUGAUGAUCUUGGUAGAAAAAAUACCAUUCAACCAUCAGUUCCAUCUCAACAGCCAACGUCUGCUUUCUCUGUGCCUCUUCCUGCCUCGAUACCGCCAGCCGACACUGCCUCUAAGGGUCCACCGAAACUACGCGAUGUGUUACGAGCCAGAGCAGCUGCAGCACAGAAUGACGCCAAGAAGCAGCCGAAUGCAUCAGUUCAGAUACCACCUGCUAUAGCUCCUGGUGCUCAACCCUACUGGCCACCAUCUCCACCAACACAAGUUCCGCAACUCAAUUCCGCAACUUCAAAUACUGCCCCUCCUGCAGGAGUGAACCCCACUCAGCCGUCACCUGCUCCUGAUCCUACUGGACAGUCACAACAGCGGCAGUUCAUGCAAUCAUCGCAGAUGCUAGGAUAUCCUGGAUCUUGCUACCAGAGUCCUUACUUUUCUUGUAUUCAAUAUCCGUCAAGUUCUCCAUUGCCUCAAUCAAACCAGGCAAUCGGCCAGCGUCCUCAACACUUUCCAUCUGUACCUGGAUAUCGACCUGCUGUUCCACCUCUUCAACAAAAUUUAUCUUCAAUUUCUCAGUCUGGUAGCCAGUCAUCUCUUCCUGGAAUGAUAAACCAGAUCUGUCGACCUCUAGCACCGGUUGUUCAACAAAAUUCAUCACCUCUUCCACAAUCUAGUAGUCAAGGUUCUCUUGGAGGAAUGGUAAAUCAAUCGCAACAGCAGUACCGACCUACAGUUCCACCUGUUCAACAAAAUCUCUCUCCCAUUCCUCAAUCUGGAAGUCAAACUUCUCUCCCUAGAAUGCCGAGUCAACCACAAAUGCAUUGUAGUUCAAACACUUCUCCUUUUCAACACGAAUUUAGUGUACCAGUUCAGCCAGCUUAUCCACAAGUUCGAAAUCCAACUCCCGUUCAACCAGUCCCGGCAAUGUUAGACCAACAACGACAGCAAUAUAAAGCUGUGGUUCCAACAAUGCAACCUCCGAUAUCGCAACCUAUUCGAUCUACAUCACCAAUGUCUCAGCCUAUUCAAUUUAAACCGUCGGGUCUACCCCCUAACUCUACUCAAUCUGCAACCAGAGCCCCAUUAAAAUUCUCUGAAAUGAUGAGUCUAACUCAACAUAGAGUACCAUCUCCAUCGUUUCCUCGGCCUAUGACACAACCAAUUGUUCAACCUCCUCUUACCGUUGCUCAAUCAAAGUCAGUCAUUCCUGAUACGACUAGUACUCAAACUGCUACCACAUACGCGCAGAAAAUGAAGUUCUCGGAGAUGAUGGGUAAAGGUUAUGGGACUGUCACGUCUACUUCAAUUUCCCAACCUUUUAGACCACCACCUCCUGUAAUUCCGCAGCCUAACGGCAAUAAGCAGGUGCCUCCGCAGCAACCGCCUCAAGUUUAUAUGCCGUAUGCUCGUUUUGGAGUGCCAAACUAUAACCAAGUGUACUAUGCGGGACAACAAUAUCCUUACGCAUAUCAGCAACCAGGAAUGACGCCUGUUUAUAAUCCUUCGCCCAUUGCUACAUUGCAUCCACAUCAACAACAAAAUGGUGCACCGGCAGUACCGAAGGAAAAACUGAAGGAAGAGGUGGAGAAAUCGGUCGCCGGUACCUCUAAUCCAAAGGAGGUUAGGAAAGAAGCGCCUAUUCCAGUUGCCGAAGUCAAGACAUCCAAUCUAUUUGAAGAAGUCUUACCUGAAGAUACGACGCCACUGCCGUUGGUAUUACCAGAACCGACUGCAGCGGGAUUUGUUCCUGAGUCGGCCACUUCUCUUGAUUCUAUUAACACACCCCAAGAUCAUGGAAAAGAACCGAUAACACCAACAGCGGAUUUAGAAGUACAACGUCGCGAAAAGCACUUAAGAGCCAUCUAUGAUACUUCGGAAACAGGUUUAGUUUCAACGCAUGGUGAGUCUACCAAAUCUGUCCCAACAUCUAGUUCAUCAUUGAACCUUGACUCUCUCUCUGAUCAACUGGCACUCAAUCGAUUUAUUGACGCUACUGAGCGUCUAUUGACCUGGAUAGAAACAAUGAACGACCCAAUUCAGAGUAUCAAUGAUUCCCGCCAAAUUACCCGCCUUGAACAAUCUUGGUCUCGUGCAAGCGAAAUCGCUUCACAAGUGACAGGAAAACGACCAACCCAAGCAGCCGCACGCUGCAGUGCUUCUAAGAAUCGUCACCAUGAAUGCAUGGCAUAUGAUUUCAAUCGUGUUCAACUAAAACACGAUAGUUCAUCUAAAAAAGAUGACUACAUAAACGCUAGCAAUCUCGACUUUGUGUCAUCUCUAGGUGAAUGGUGUCCACGAUACAUUCUAACUCAGGCUCCCCUUCCGAAUACAGUCGUUGACUUUUGGAAUAUGAUCUUUGAUCAAGCUUGUGAACUGGUUAUUAUGGCACUUCCACCUCGCCAUCGAAAUUCCAUUCUUCCCUCCAGCCUUGACCCCUCAGAGAGCUACGCUGAAGGAGCUUAUGGUGACCCAGCUAGUAGCCUAAGAGUUCCUCAGCAUCUACCACCUAUGAAGGUUGGAUCCCGAAUUCAUGUUGGGACUGGGAAUUUAGCUCUUGAAAUCCGUUUGCAAGCUAUUGAACUCACUCGUCCAGAUAGUGUCUCUCUCCAGUCUCCCUCUGUAGACUCCAUCUCAAAGUCAACAUGCAUUGAACGGAUCCUGACCCUUCGUAACUGUGAAAGUCAGCAGACACGAACAGUUGUACAUCUUUGUUAUUCGGGGCCUACUCCAAACGCAAGUGAUCCUGGUUCAAUUGCUUCCUUCACAGCAUUUGUUCAGAUGGCAGUGAAUUUCUACAAACAACAGAGGAGUCUGACCCAUCCCAUAGCAGUUGUUUCUGAAGAUGGAGGUGGCUUAGGAGGUGUUUUCGUAGCCUCUUCUGUUGCUAUUCUCCAUGCAGAAGUUCUUGGGCGUAUCGCAGAUGUUUGCGAACUCGCUGGUCGUCUGUGCCAGCAACGUAAAGGCGCCCUAAAUCAAUCUAACCAACUAGGUGCCAUAUACACGAUAGUUGGUCUAGCUGCUAAACAAUCACUUUCUCGUAGAGAUAUUAUUGUUGGACCUUCAUCAAGCAAGUCAAGAAAUGCCAGUACUUCUAAUGAUAUCCCUUCUGAAGUAAGCAAGUCUUUUAAGAAGAAUGGCCCCUCUAAGCCUGAGGAUUUCACCUCCUCGCUGUUCUCUGAUCAACAUCUUCAACUCUCGGAUAUGAUGUCUGCUCUGGGAUUUGCAGAAAACAAGCCAGAGAAGAAACUUCAGGAAAAUAAAGAGAAGAUGCAGGAAGUUCAUGAAAACGAGCCAGAAACUGAGAUCAACGGCGUGUUCAAGGAUUUACCGUCUCAUUUAGUAGAUCUAUCAUUGUCUGAUAGAAGCACGAACGAGUCUCCAAAUAACCGUCGCCACUAUCUUGCAAGAGACUUCACCGAUGCAGAGUACAGAGAGUCACGAGACUGUUUAGCGGCUGAUAAAAACCCGUUUGGUGAUUUGGAUCCUCUGAAUCAGGUGAUUAUGAGAAAUGAUAACUAA